AUGGAAGACGAUCCCGAAUUACGUUUGAAAGUCCAGGAUCCGACUUUUACUUACAGCCCUGGAGCUGAAGCGUUGUCUACGAAGCCACAGCGGGAGUCUAUGGUUGACAAGGCCAGACAAGCGGGGAAAGAUCCUCCCUCCUCGGUGACAAGUGUCGAUAUUGAGAGGCUGAUGUCUGCGAAGGAGCUAACGUUGGAUGUCUCUGGUACGGAAGCGAUGGCGUUGCUCUACAGGAUGGUUGAAUCAUUGAUUUCGUUGAGCAACCGGAUAGAGGAUGGUGAAUUGAGUGAGUCUGUUGUUGUUGAGUCCAUAUUCAACGUGUGGGAGAGCAAGCAUCUUCCGGCAGCGUUCUUAGAGGAGGCGAUAGGGUAUAGCCAUCGCAAGAAUGAGAUGGAGAGAAUGAAGAUAAUUUCAAAAUCGCAGGAGGAGCUGGGAGUGUCAUUAAGGAAGAAGUCAAUGAUCAUGUCCAACUUCGAGGAGGCGUCAGGACCCGAGGGGGGAAGUCCGAGAUUAAGGGAGUACAUUGCAGCGGAAGUUGGGAGUUAUGAACCGUGUUGUGAUGAGGAGACCCGGAAAUGGUUGUCCAAGAAGUUCUAUUUAAAGAAUGCACCUAAUAUGGAGAUUUCAGCAUAUAUCGAUCGGAUCAACCGCAACCUUGAUAUAUCUGGAGCAGUUGCUCUCUGUGCUGGAUGGUUCCUAUUCAAGUUUGUCUUUAACAUACGAAGCAUGGAGAAAAAAAUCAGAGACGUUCCACUAGUACCUCAUGGUGGGGGGACAAUGGAGAGAGUUUCCAAACGAAAUGCCUUUAGACUGAUACUCACAAGUAUACGGUUGGCCUCCAAGCUCAUUGAAGAUAAGAAUUACAAACAAGGUUACUAUUGCCGAGUCACGGGUCUUCAAAAGACGAGUGAUUUGUUUCGUCUAGAGCUGGCAAUGGGAUAUGGGUUGGAGUGGGGGCUGUUUGUGAAUGAGAAGGUAUUAAAACGGUACUUGAUCCAUCUAGACCAGCUCCUGCUAGUCUCUGCCAACAGUGAAAUGGGAGAGUAG